CGUUCAGCAAUCGACGCCCAGUAGAAAGGUGGCCUUCCAUCACGGAUGCGCUACGGAUGAUAAAGUACAGAAAGCCACCCGCUCCGUUCCCAUUGGACGAGAAGCACGUGUCUGUAGCCACAUUCCGCUGCUGAUGUUCCGCUGGCCUGCUCAGGAAUCCUUCAGCUCUCUGUACCAACUGUCAUGCAGCUGGGACUGGCCUAGCAACAACAUUUCCCUGAGCACAUGGGCGAAGUACUGGGGAAGUUUCGGGGGCAGGGCAGAGAUGGUCAGAAAAAACGGUCGGUCAGUCAGAUGUUCACGCAGCUCGAGGAAAUCACCUACUUCAACAGGAGUGAGAUUAAGAAGUGGUACAAGCUGUUUUUGAAGGACUGUCCGGAUGGACACUUGAAGGAGGAGCGCUUCGUGGCGUUUUACACCGCCUCUUUCCAGUCGGGAGAUCUGGAGAGGAAGGAAUGCUUGGCCAAGCAGAUCUUUCGAACGUUUGACAGAGACGGGAGCGGGACUGUGGACUUCAGGGAGUUUAUGUGCGGCAUGAGCGCGCUGCUGAGAGGCACGACUCCGGAGCGCCUGAAGUGGGCGUUCAACAUGUAUGAUCUGGACGGGAACGGUGAAUCAGCAUGCAGGAGCUACUUCAUGUACUAAAGGUAUGGCUGUGCGCUCCGUGUCUACACGGCUGUUGUUGACUU